CGACCUGUCGUGCCUCACGUAGUUUUUAAAUAUAGUUAGAAAGUCACAACUUUCCGUACUAGCCCCCGCCCCGGCUGCUCUCGUUGCCUCGUUCGUGUCGCGCCUGCUUUCUGUGUUUGUUUCCCAAAAUUUGGGCGGAGCAGGCUGUAGGUUUUUCUCGUCUUUUUACUGUAAUAUUUAUUUUUAUUCAACAUCGCCCCGCGGAAAAGUAGAUCUGGAUCUUCAACACCCCCAGCUCGGAACGACACGAAGUAUGUCCAAACCCGGCUACUUCUCCCGCCGGAAGGCAUCAAAGGCAGCGACCCCUCUGCUCCUUGGGAUAAUAGAACUAGCCUGCCUCGACGAACAUAUCGUCCCUGCGCACGCACACAGGCUUCAAGUUGUAGAGCAUUCGUUAUGGCAUUCUCAAACGUUACAUUCUCAACUGUUACAUGAUUUGUCAUGCAAAAAAUACAUGAGCCGCCAGACAAUCAAGCUGCUUCGCAUGACAAAUUAUCGAAGGGCUAAACAGCAUCUAAAUCUGUGCCAAAUUUGUAAUGCAAGACUUGCAACCCUGCCCCUUUCCCUAUUGCUGUUUUUGCAUCACGAAUUCGUGUAACAGUUGAGAAUGUAACGUUUGAGAGCGCCAUAUUCGUCCCAUGAAGUAGCAACAUCGAGGACGACGUCGACGGGGCGGAGGAUACAACAUCAAGCCAGGGCGUAUCAACUGCAAAAAUGUCUGGGUCUGGAAACUUGUGAUGCUGGGUGGCGUAUCAUGAGGAGGCCACAAGUGCUGGCUCAGCAUGACAAGUUUCUGAGCUUCUAGAUGUUGCCCGUUCUGCAUGACAGACUGCGUUUCUGCAUGACAGAAAAAUAGGGCUCGUGGGUAAUGUGCAUGACAGAUUUGAGGGUCAUGCGAGACAAGCAUGACAAACUUGCAACCUUCCAGACCCAGACACAUUUGCAUUUGAUAGGGCGGAGCAAGGUUCAUCGUCGAGAAGGAGCGCCGGCCACCGCCAGCAUAAGAAGAAGAUAUCUCAUCUCCAGCCCCGCAGCCGCGGCCAAGAAACAAGCAAAACAAGUGUCAAGACCACACCACAGGAGAGGACCUCCGAAGAACGAAGCCAGCGCGUGGACCAUGAUUCGACUUCAACAUCUGGAGCAGGUACUAGUAAAAGUCUUCCUGUUCAUCUUUCUUCAACAAUUGACGCAGUGAAGAACCCCGUCGCCCGCUUGCCGCCUGUGCCGUUUUAUGUGUACGAAGAGGUGGAGUUCAAUUGGCGGCAUCCUGGAUGCGUGUGGGGCCCGGACCAGCGCUCCCUUGCUGUGAAUGCGACUGGUGGCCCCAGUUCUACUUUGAACGAAGCGCUUGCCGAUGCCAAUAUGCUUCUAAAGCACUCAUCUGACGUUCUGUUCGCCGAGCGGGCCCUGGACCCAGAACUACACCCGUGGCGUAUAUGGAACUCUCAAACGUUACGCUUUCAGCUGUUACAUGAAUUUUCGGUGGCAGAAUAGCAAAAGUGACUGUGACAGGAGGGAGAUUGCUUACACCUCUCGCAGCACAAAUUCGGCACAGAUUUCGUCCAUGCUGUUGAAGUAGCACUUCAGCAACAAAAACAAUUUGUCAUGCGAAGCAGCCUCAUGGUGUGGCUGUUGUUUGAUGCUAAUAAAUUUUUUUUGCGCGACAGAUCAUUCAUGUACCACUCAAGCGUGUAGAGUGUCUGAGAACCCCAUAGCGUACGCGUGACCCUGAAAACGCAACACUGUUCGUGGUUCCGACGCUGUUGAACCUUCUUUCAGACGCGCAACUAGGCUAUGCCGAGUUGAGUCCGAUUUGUUGCCCGGCAUCGGCAGAAGCAGUGGCGUAUGCAGUGCAAAUAUGUAGUCUGGGUAGUUGUUCUCUGGAGAAGUGCACCGUUUGUCAUGCACAUUUUGCAUGACGCAUCCAUUUCCAUUUAUUCCAUCAGGUCUGUGAUGCACCAUGCCGUGGCAUCACAGAUUGUUCUGUGAUAUUUUUAUCUCUACUAAUGCCUUUAUUUCCGCAUGAUGUGCCUGUCCAUUUGGUGAAGAAACUUGUGGUAACCAUCGAACACAGAAGAUUUUCACACGAUCCAGACUCAGCAAGACAAGUUGUGCUCCGUUUCCCAGACCCAGACAUGAUGUUUGCGAUGCAUAUGGCGCAGGCAGAGAAAAUGGAGGGGUGUGAUGCAGAUUGCAGCGGAGGAAUGGUCUGUGACUUGGAUCUGGUCAAGCUCUUGGACUACGCGUUGGGGCGGAGUCCGUUUUUCCAGCGUAAUCACGGGGCGGAUCACUUGAUUGUAGCGUCCCACUACGAUUCGCAGCAGCUCGUGCAGUAUCGCACGGAAAAAGUGAUGUUUCGCUGCAACGAUAAGCCUGCAAGGCGUAGUUGAUCAGAAGUACGUCCUGUGUGACAUAAAAGAAGAUUUGUAUAGAUUUGCCAUGCGUGUACUUGCCAUCUAGGUGAGGUUGCGAACACAUUACACCUUAAAAUACUAGGUAAAAAUCCACUGUCUUCUUGAAGAUGUCUGUGAAAAGACAAGCAAUUUUGUCGAUUACGUCCUGUGCGCCGUGACGAGUCAUCUUCUAGGACAGGGAAACAGUUUUUUCUCGCGAUACGCAGCACACCAACGUCAAUCGGUUGAACGUCAUAUCAUUCCCUUGGUUCGAGUGGAAAUCCCCUGGGCCGUUCACCGACGGGGCGGCGUCGCCGUAUCCAGUGAAAAUCAUAUGUCUGCUGGGUCGGGAAGAGUGUAGAUCUUUGUCACAUUGUUUUUGUCUUUGUAUUACGCGUGAGGGCAGCGAGCGGCAGGAGAAGGUGAAGGUCUGCUUCGCAAGGAGCCCUUCUAGCAUCAACUUGACAGUUUUGAAGAAGGUCGAGGCCCCAAAAACCAAGGAUUUUGGUGCGAUCUUGGAUUUAUGUAUCAGAAGCAAUGCACAAGUUUGCACACCUCCAGAUGACCCAGGCGAGAUACCAGUAUUUUUUGUAAGGCAUACGGCAAAGCGGCUCCCAAAUUUACUGGUUCCUGUAACUUGCCCCGCCCACACUGAAGAAGUCCUUGCGGCUGGGGCGGUUGUAGAGGGAGGUGUUGUGGGCGGCAUGUUGCCGAGCAUGCCGGAGUAUGGAUUGCAAAUAUGUCUGGGUCUGGAAGGUCGCAACUUGUCAUGCUAAUUCUGGAUCAUGCAAAAAUCUGUGUUGCAUGAGUGCCAAAAGCUGUCCGCUUUUGACCUAACCGAGAUGCAGUUUCUCAUGCAGGAUAGGCAUGAUAGUGAUAGAACUCUGACAGAAUCUGUCAUGCUAUGUCAUACAUAACAGACCUCAUGGGUCAUGGAAAAUCUGCAUGACAAGUCUGGCAUUCUUCCAGACCCAGACAUUUUUACAUUUGAUACGGAGGGGUAUUUUUCGAUGAUCGGGCAGAUUGACACACGCCCCGAGUUAUCAAAUGUAAAAAUGUCUGGGUCUGGAUCUGGAAGAAUGCAACUUGUCAUGCUAAAUCUGAAGUAUGCAAAAAUCUGUGUUGCAUGAUUUACCAAAAGCAAAAGUCGUCCAGUUUUGACAAAGUCGGGAGGCAGUUUCUCAUGCAGGAUAGGCAUGAGAAAGAUCGCACAGAAUCUGUCAUGCUAGGUCCUGCAUUCCAGACCUCAUGGGUCAUUGAAAAGCUGCAUGACAAAUCGCGCACUCUUCCAGACCCAGACAUUUUUACAUUUGAUACGAGUACCAAUUUCGCAAGUGCCUAUGCGAAGCACUCAAGGUGGUGCCGAGGACGAGCGUACGCGCGGGGUCCAUCUGCGCCAGUAGCAGUUCGCCCAAGGGUGUGCAGCACCACGGACUUCAGACACCGGUGUAUACAAAGGAGUGCCCCGGCGACCCCGAUGCAUGGUCGCCAGGCACAAGUGAAGACAAGGCAGAAAUUGGAUGCCUCAUGCGCCACGCCUCGACCAGCAAAUACUGCGACGCACUCCACAAGACACGUUUUACCCUGUACGCACACGGGGACGUAGCAGGCAGCUCCCGACUGAGCGACGCGCUGGAACACGGGACGGUGCCUGUCUUCCUGGACGAGAACCAGAUUACAUCUUUGCCAUUUCGGGCACGGGUGCCGUGGGCGGACCUGUAUUACAGUGAAAAAUGCCCCCACUCCGAAAGUUGCAAUGAUUUGUGUUGCGAGGUUUCCAAAUGAAAACUUUUCUGUCUUGUUGCAUGAAAGGACUAUGAAUCUUUCUGAUGCAGAAUCUAGGCGCGCGAGAUAUCUUUUGCAUAACAGACCCGGCUGGUGCUGGGCUCUUUGCAAUACAAAUUUGAGCUAUAAUUCAGCAUGGAAAAUUUGUAAUGCUGAUAUAUGCAAGACGGGGAAUGUUUCUAUUGGAAAUGCUUGCAAUACAAACACCGCCAAGUUUUGGGGUGGGGGUAUUUUUCAUUGUAAUAACCUGGCAGUGCUGUUUCCAGCGACCGAACGACGAGGCAUCAAGUAUGGCGUUCUCAAGCGUUACAUUCUCAACUGUUGCACGGAUUUGUCAUGCAAAACUCUCAUCAGUAAUUUACAUCAUCAAGCUGCCUCGCAUGACAAAUUUCCGAAGGGCUGAACAGCAUUUAAAUCUGUGCCAAACCUGUAUUGCAAAAGGCGAAAUCUUCCCCCUUGCACUUUUGCCAUUCUUGCAUUACAAACCUAUGCAACAGUAGUUGAGGAUGUAACAUUUGAGAACGCCAUAUUAAGGACCCAGACUCUUGCGACCGGGACCACCUCGCCAACCUACUGCUGCGUGUGGCCGAAGAGGUCAGCGGGCAGCGGCUUGCCGACUACCAGACCGCGCUGAAGCAGUACCGGCCCUUCCUGUCCUGGACAGCCCCCGACAGCCAAGUUUUCGAUAUGAAAUGCAAAUAUGUCUGGGUCAACAUUGAACUUGUAAUGCAAGUCCGACAUUCAUGUAAAAUUAAAAUCUGUAUUGCAUGACUAACAAAACUGCGCCUCCUUUUGUCAUACAAAAGCGCAGUUUCUCAUACGGACUGCGCUUGAGAAAGUCUUCGGUAAACUUGUCAUGCUUGGCUGGUGCACUUGGAAGGAUUUCAAUCAUGCACAUUUCAGCAUCACAAGUUUCCAGACCCAGACACUUUUGCAUUUGAUAUUCGAGAUGUACCUCCAAGAAGCCGCGGAAGGGCUGGGAUCCGCCGCGGGUGGGCCGGAGGAACACGGAUCUGAGCCGGGGAAAGUGUGGGAGGUACUCAUUAGUCCUUCUCGUUAUCUUAAUAGAUGCGGCGCUUUAGAUGAAGCCAAGCCUUUCUUCCCGGUACAUCUACAUUUACAGGGAACAAGAGCGGCUUCGAAAACCUUUUGGCAAAUAAGCAAAGAAAACGCUUAUUCAAUUGGUUCCGAUAGAGAAUUACAAACAUAUGAAUUCAUUUUUCAUUUUCCAGGCGGCAGGAGAUCGAGAUUCGGCCACGUAUCGAAGGCAAAUCUGACUGAGUCGGGAUAAGGGCUGAUAUUUGUCAUGCAGCUUUAUCAGCAUGCUCUCUGUCUCUGUGGUUGUCAUGCAAGACAGAUGGUACUAUGCGUGAUUCACACGACGCAUCAAGAGUGCGCACCACUUCUAGCGACCUGGGCACGUUUGCAUUCCAUACCACGGUAAUGGGGACGAUCCGGAAGUAGUGAUCAGUGGCCAGCUGACGAUAUCCUACUGAUGAGUACACUUACACACAUUUUGAUUUUAUGGUAUACAACGAGCAGAAAAAUCAUAACUUGAUAGCGCAGGGGCACCUUUUUUGUCAUGCAAAAACAAAAUGCAACAACUGGUAAUGCGCUGCUGCCUAUGCUUGAUACGGCCAUGACAAAGACGUCAUUGAAUUUCUCAUGCUGAUGAACAGCCGACCCCUACUUUUUUUGUAUAUCUAUAUACCGAAGGAUUCAGGUUCAGUAUGGGGCAAUGCGUGUACUACUUUCCCGUAGGAUAGACGACUGAGCAGAUCCGAGCGUGCGCUGAGGACGACGCAAGACCCGGGUGUUGCUAAGGAGAAUCGUUGCGCCCUUCAUCUAUGCUUCCCCCCCCCCCUCUUCCGAAGCAUCUUUAUUCAUUUACGUGUAUUAUUUAUAGUAGUGCUACUCUUUUAUUUUUUUAUUUACCUGCUUUACGCAGCGAUCUACUUCGACAAACUAACCCCAUCGUCUGUGUUGUUGGGUCUUUGUUUUUUCUUUUUUUCUAACAUCAUCUAUCAUCAAUUUCAAUAUAUACGCAGUAGCACAAAACAAGAUGCUUCAUCUCCACCCCAAAACUACAAGAUUGCUUCAUUCUCCAUUCCAGCUCCACGCUAGAAUAAGUGGCUGUUUAUCGUAUCGGUCAUUUCCAUUUGUGUUUUACCCCAAAAAAACAAAAACUAACGCUCGUGGACGAAGAACCCAAGCAUUUUCGUGAAGGUCGUUUUUUCUUCUUGAGUCAUCGACAAAGCGAGACCCGAUGGCCAAGCUGGCGGGGGUCGAAGUGCUGCAGUAACAGCAACAUUCGUUGUUUUUUUGGACGUCGCAUCAAGCCCCGGCAGCACGGUGGCUCUGUAGUUCUACGUAAUAAAACUACUAUAGAAUAUUAUUCAAGAAGACCAUUUGUUGACGCCUCAUCGUCCCGUGAAGAACAGGAAGAUUCGACUUCCUUCGUGACGUGAUUCGUGCAGGUGAACUAGGUCUAGGGAAAAGAAAUGUCUCCUCGUACAAUUCUUUAGAGAAUUGGUGGACGUGAUGG